GUUUCGAGGUCGCUCAGAAACAAAUAAAGACGUAGUGGGAAGGAAGUUAAAUAUUAGGGAUAAUACUCUUUUAUCGAGUAACAAAAUCAUUUUGACAUCAUAAACUCAUCCGCGCUUAUCCUUGACAACAGUCGCGCAAACGAAAUUUCUAAACAUUUUCUUUUAAAAAUGAGUCAAAUCACGUUAGCUUAUUGGGAUUUACGAGGUCUCGGAGAACCAAUUCGGUAUCUACUUCAUUACAAAAAUGUAAAAUUCGAAGACAAGAGGUAUCAAGAUCCUGAUACAUGGCAAAAAGAAAAGUUCACCUUAGGCUUGGAUUUCCCAAAUUUGCCUUAUUAUAUCGAUGAUAAAGUCAAGUUGACACAAAGUUUCGCAAUUCUGAGGUACUUGGCUAAAGUAUAUGAUUUGGAAGGAGAAACUGAAGAAGAAAAACUAAGAGCCUCGUUAGUUGAACAACAAAUCUCGGAUCUUCGCAUGUUCUUUUUCCAGAAGGUUGCUUACACAGAUUCUGAUGAAGCACAAAAGGAAGCUUUCAACGCCAUUCCUGGUAUGUUGAAACUUUAUGCUGAAUUUCUUGGGCGUAGAAAAUUCCUCGUCAGCGAUAAUAUCACUUACGUAGACUUUCUGGCUUAUGAAGCUUUUGAUUUUUGUGUCUUGUUUUCAAAGACAGUUUUGGAUGACUUUCCGAACCUCAAAGCUUACCACGAAAGAAUCGGAAAUUUACCUGAACUGCAAGAAUACUUCAGUUCAUCGAAAAGAUGGCCAAUUGUUGGAAAACUAGCCCAUUGGGGAGGUAGUGGUGAAAUGCCAGAAUAGGUAUAAUGAGAGCUCCAAGAACAUUUUAUUCUGAUUAAAAAGAAAGAGAAAACUUAAUGUAUUUUUUAUUUACUAAGCAAUGCUUAUGUAAGUUUCUUUUAUGAAUGUUCAGUGGCAGAUACAUCAACAGAAAUAAAUAAUCAAAAUUAACGAAA